GGUGACGUUUGAGUUUUGAGAAAGAACUGUCAAGACGUUUUACUUUGUUGAGAGAAUGUAGAAACAUUGAUUUUACACGUUUUAGUGUUGUUUUUCUGAGAUUAUUUACUUUGUUUAUGAAGAUUUAAGCCGAAAGCCGUGUAACUGUCACAGGAUGGCAGCUACGGCGGAAAGUGUUUCGAUCUCCGAGCUGAAGGCGGAGAUCGAGAGGUUGAGUAGGGAACUCGACCAGGCGAGCAGCGAAAAGAUCCAGUCGGCGCAGCUGGGUCUGGUGCUGCUAGAGGAGAAGAGCUCCCUGCAGCUGCGAUGCGAUGAGCUGGAGAGCCUGUACGAGAACACGAAGCAUGAGCUGGAUAUAACGCAGGAGGCAUUGAUGAAACUUGACACAACACAAAAAGUGACAACACAGAGUGGAAUAGAACAGGAAAAUGCUCUCCUCAAUGAGUCUGCAGCUAUGGAGAGCUCCCUCACACUACAUAUUAUUGAACUUGAAGGAGAAACAAAACAGUUACGGCACGAGCUAGAGCGUGUGAUAAGCGAACGGGAUCGACUAUUAGCAGAGAGUUCAGAACUAGGAGCUGACAAGGCGACACGGGAGUCGGAGCGAGCCGCCCUUCGAGCCGAGUUGAGAGAAGCGAGGCAAAGGGAGCAACGACUCUUGCUGGAUAUAGGGGAUUUGGAAGACGAGAAUAUAUCAUUGCAGAAGCAGGUCUCCGCACUAAGGUCGUCACAGGUUGAAUUUGAGGGUCUUAAACAUGAAGUUCGUCAACUUAGAGAAGAAGCAGAAAAUGCGCGCGCGGCCGCUGACGAAACAGCAGCGCUGCGCCGCAUCGCUGAACGACAGCUCGCUGAAGCGCUGGAAGCGCUGCAAGCGGAAAGAGAAGCCAAGUUCGCCGCCAAAAAGGAACUUGACGCGCAUAUUAGCAGAGAAGCACAGUUCAACAUUACCAACUUGGCAUAUAGCAUACGAGGUAUGCCCGAGGAGGGGACGGAGUCGGAGGGCGAGGCGGGCGCGUCGGGCGCGGGCGAGCUGGGCGCCGACCACCACGCGGACCUGUUCUCCGAGGUGCACCUGCACGAGAUCAGUCGCCUCGAGAAGCAGCUCGAGCAGGCCCACAACGAGAACUCGCAGCUGUCCUCUUCCCUCCGGCUGGCGCAGAGUACGGCAGAGAGCGAGAGCUCUGCGGCGAGCGUUCUCCGCGCCGGCCUCACCAGAGUGUGCUCCCGCGUGUCGGCCUUACACGCGCUGCAUGGCGACUGCGCACCGCUGGAGGACGACAAAGCGGAGGGUGGCGUGGCAGCUCGCGCGGCAAAAUGGCUGACAUGGUGGCGAGUGUCCGGUGGCGAACUUACCGCUCUGUUGGCCGCCUUGCGCGAACUGGACGCGCUCCCGGCCGACGGCUCGCCCGCUGCGCUGCAACGUGCGCAACUUGCGCAGCUCAGCGACCGAGUUGCGGACGCGGAGCUGCGCUGCGCUGCGUUGCAGGUCGAUGCGGAGAUACUGCGCACGCUCGCUGGAGGCGCGGGCAGGGCGCUGUCGUCGGCGGCGCCGGCGCUGGUGUCGGCCGCGGAGACGUUGGCCGGAGUGUAUCACCACGUGUGCGCGGUCAACGGCACGCAGCCCGAGCGGCUGCUGCUCGAGCAUGCUGGACAGACGGACGGUCCAGGAGGCGAAGGUCGCGGCGUGGACGAAGAAGCCCUGGCGCUUGCGGCGGGAGAGUUGGAAGGCCUACGUGCGGCGGGACAAGUGGCGCGCUAUGCCGACACGCUGCUCGACCAGCUCACACACUUGCGCGCGGCGCUCGACACCGCGCUCGACUCCAGGCACCGACACCAACCGGUAAUGGAGGCGGAAGAACGCGGCGCGGAGUUGGCCGAACUUCAAGAGCAAGUGAUCAAACUGAAAUCCCUUCUGUCCACGAAGCGGGAACAGAUCGCGACCCUACGUACUGUGCUCAAGUCCAACAAGAACACCGCAGAGGUUGCGCUCGCCAACCUUAAGUCCAAGUACGAGACUGAGAAGAAGAUCGUCACGGAAACCAUGCUCAAGCUGCGUAACGAACUGCGGCUGCUUAAGGAGGAUGCUGCUACAUUCUCCAGUCUGCGCGCAAUGUUCGCGGCGCGUUGCGAGGAGUACGUGACGCAAGUGGACGAGCUCACGCAAGCCCUGUCUAGCGCGGAGGAGGAGAAGAAGACGCUCAACCAGCUGCUGCGCCUCGCCGUGCAGCAGAAGCUGUCGCUCACACAGCGCCUCGAGGAGCUGGAGGUGGACCGCGAGAUGCGCACGCGGCGCGUACCAAAGCCGAGCGGAGGCACGCGCGCGCGCGGACGGGAUUUCUAGCGGCUCGUGCGCGCGCUCAAGGCGGCCGCCGCCGCCCUGCGCGCGCUGCUGGCGCGCCCCGCGCGCUCCGGCCUCGCCACACACAACACGCUCGCGCUCUGAGCGCUAACGAAUUUACACUUGUACCACCCGCGCGGGUUGAUGGGCCGACGCCCCGUAAUUGCCAGACCUUGUUAAAGAAUCAAGGCCAAAUUUACGUCUAAGAGUGAAGAUACGUUGCAUUUCACGCGAAAAGACCGUUAAUUUUGCCCAUUUAGGCGAUUUAUCGAUCUAUUGUAUCGUCUGAAAUGAAGUGCAAUUGGAGGAUUAUAGGGUUCGUUCAAAUAGACCGACUCGGAGAGCAACGAAGACCAAUUUUUCACACAGACCAGAGCCCAAGAACACGAAAGGAACUGCGUAUAUACUGCGUGCAUUGAGAGCAUCCUUUUUCCAAUAAAGAAAAGAAAUGUUAA